AGUCAGAUAGAGUUUCGGUUGCCGCGGCGGCGCUGCAGUCCCUCUACACUGGGAGAGUCAGAGGGAGUUUUUUUUUUCUGUACUCUGUUUGAUCUUCAUCAUCGUCGUCCUCAUCACCAUCCAUCAGCGACAUCAUCAGCGUCCCUGGAGCGGCAGGAGCGUCGCCUGCGCAGUGUCCCGGAGUGUGUGUGUGUGUGUGUGUGUGUGUCUGCAGCUUCCUGUGCACCUCUGCUCGGUGCAGCGAUGCUGCUGAUUGGCUGUGUCCUGUUGGCUGCGUGUUUAGCAGCGCCGCCUGCGCAUAUCAACCGCCUGGCGCUGUUCCCUGAUAAGAGCGCCUGGUGUGAGGCCAAGAACAUCACACAGAUAGUGGGGCACACGGGGUGUGUGUCUCAGUCCAUCCAAAACAGGGCGUGUCUGGGACAGUGUUUCAGUUACAGUGUCCCCAACACCUUCCCCCAGUCCACUGAGUCUCUGGUGCACUGUGACUCGUGCAUGCCUGCGCAGACGCAGUGGGAGGUGGUGACUCUGGAGUGUCCUGAAGGCAAGGAGGCUCCUCGGGUGGAGAAGCUGGUGGAGAGGAUUCUGCACUGCAGCUGUCAGUCCUGUGGUAAAGAGCUCAGCCAGGAGGGGGCGCUACUGCAGCUCUACAGCCCUGACAACACACUCGACCCGGACACACACAGCACACACACCGAAACUCACAACACACACCUGCACGCUGACACACACAACUCACACACACCUGCACACGGAGACACACACACGCAGGCCGAGCUCAGCGCGCACACACACACGAGCGAGGGAGGAUGAAAACACACUCACUUUACCUUCACACACACACACACACACACACACUCACACACACCCUCUUGUCUGUCUCGGUGUGUGAGAGAUGAAAGAUGUUUGUAUUAAUAUUAUAAAGUUAAUUCAGUAAUAAAGCUUAUGUUUUAUAUCAGACUGUAAUCUGGUGCCAUGGUGUCUGUGCCAUGAACACACACACACACACACACACACACACACUGUGACUUGGGAUUAUAAAGAAUGAACACAGGAGUGUGUAACAUCUGCGACAUCAGUCAGGAAUAACACUACAUGAGAAAGCUUUUCAUCUGGGAGACUUUUUAUAUUAAUGUUACUGUCACACUUUCAUUCUUUCUCUUUCUUUCUUUCUUUCUUUCAGUUGCUGAGUUUAAAGCAUGUUAAAACUCUUUUUAUGCUUUACUGACCAGCCAAAACCUCCCUGCUCUCUGCUGAGUGUAAACACACACACACACACACACACACACACUGUCUUCACUUGUGUAUAAAGGCGCAUAUCACUGUAUAAAGUCAAACAUUUGUUCUCAAAGUUGCACAUCACUUACUCACUCCCUCACUCCACACACACACACACACACACACACACACACACACACAGACUGGCUAAUGUAAUACUACUAAAGUAAUAUCUCUCCUGUGUACGUCUCUGUAACUCAAUAAACAGUUGAACCCCU